UCCUUGCUGACCUGGAGUAGACGCGCAAAUGAAGAUGCCAGAUGCGCAGGUGCAUUGGUUAUGUUUGCUGCUUUUUGCAUUAGUUUUCCGUCCCGGGACAGCGGCAGAAGUCUCCGUGUGGAGCGUGAACAUCAACUCGACGCAAGAUGUUGUGUUUCGGAAGACGCUGUAUGCCAACACCACCAUCUUCAUGAAGUUCCAGAGUGACACAAGGCCGUGCGACAAAAACCUGGCCUUCAACAUCAGCUGGUACCUGCGCUCCUCUGUUUGCUAUAAUGAAGUCUUUAACACACCAGACAACAAAGCAAUGAACAUGGUUGGUAUGGAGCAUAUGCUGAAAGACGGCUGGAGCGGCUUCUACAGUCAGGGCUACAUGUACUUCGACAACUGCUCCUCUCUCUUCUUACCAAAGGUCUAUUACCCAGACUUCAAUCCUUAUCAGCCACUGACUAGCCCAAAGAGUGACCCAUCCAAUCAGAGCCUUUUUUGGUCUGAAAAACCGGAUAUCAGUGCAGUGGCCAAAGCUUGGGAAGACAGUCCCUAUCUGUUCAUAGUGAAGGUGCAGCCUUUAUUCCAUGGACCUGAUGAUGAAACUGAAUUAGGAGUAGAGCAGCCCAACUUUGCCUUUUCAAUGAAAGUGGAGAUGAAAGGUCCACAUGACUACUCCUCUCCAGCAGACUGGCCCCUGAUGAUGUUCUUCAUGGUCAUGUGCAUUGUGUAUGUAUUAUUUGGGGCUCUCUGGCUCUUCUGGUGUGCCUGUUAUUGGAGGGACCUGCUGCGGAUCCAGUUCUGGAUAGGUGCCGUCAUCAUCCUCGGUAUGCUGGAGAAAGCGGUUUUCUACUCCGAGUACCAGAGCAUCCGCUACAAAGGAGACUUCGUUCUAGGGGCUGUGAUAUUUGCCGAGCUGCUCUCUGCACUCAAAAGAUCUCUGGCUCGAAUCCUGGUCCUCAUUGUCAGCCUUGGCUAUGGCAUAGUCAAGCCCAGGUUGGGUACCACUGUACAUCGACUGGUAGCUGUUGGACUUCUUUACCUUCUCUUCUCCUCGGUGGAAGGUGUACUGCGAGUAACUGGUGGUUUCUAUGGGACAGUUGCCCUUGUGGCUAAUCUCAGCCUCUCUCUCAUUGACUCCUGUGUCAUGUGGUGGAUUUUCAUCAGCCUGUCUCAAACCACUCGUCUCCUCAAGCUCCGCAGAAAUGUAGUGAAGCUCUCGUUAUAUCAGCACUUCACUAACACGCUCAUAUUCUCUGUUGUCGCUUCUAUCAUAUUCAUCAUCUGGACCACCAAAGUCUUCAAGCUGGUCGACUGCCAGAGGGGUUGGCGGGACUUGUGGGUAGAUGAUGCAUUCUGGCGCCUCCUGUUCUCCACUAUUCUUCUGGUCAUCAUGGUGCUACUGCGGCCCUCAGCCAACAGCCAGAGGUUCUCCCAUUCCCCACUCAUUGAUGAUGAUGAUGAAGAAGAAGAGGAAGCUAAGGAGCCCAUGCUGAAUGAAGCUUUUGAGGGAAUGAAGAUGAGAGGCUCAAAGCCUGAUACUAAUGGCUCCCAGAAAGUGUUGAGUAAAGAGGAUGAAGAUCUAAAAUGGGUUGAGGAGAAUAUUCCUACUACUGUUGCUGAUGUAGCUCUCCCUGUAAUGCUAGAUGAGGAAGAGGAAAUCCUGAAAACCAAGAUGGAGAGGUCCAAAAUGGAGUAGAAGAUGAUCUGAGAAUAAAAAUUUAAAUAAGGCACCAAUGAAUUAAUGCAUUCUGAGGGAUCUGAUUACCAAAAACGUGGGGGGAGAAUCUUUUUUUUUUUUUUUUCUUCUUCAGUUUUUUACUUUUAUUUCACAGGUUUUUGGGUAACGCUAUUAUAUGCUCUUAUAUUAACGCAAUACUGUGCAGCCCACAGUCGAUGGGUCGGCUGUUGAUGCCACGAUUGGCAUUCUGGGAUUAGGGUAAAAAAAGUUAUACAGUAUAGGAUUUAUAUUUAUAAUUAUUUUAUUUGUUGACCAAAAUGAAGGAGUAAUGUAACAGAAGAUUUAUCAAAAUUUUGUGUUUUUUGUUUUUUUAGGCUAUUAUGGUAUUUAAUGGGACAUGUGAUUUCCAGAGCAAGGGGUAGUUGAUGAAAACAUUUGGUAAAAGCUUCUCCACCCACUUCAAACUGCACAGAUGACUCCUGACAAGCAAGAUUUGUAGACAUGUGAGGUCCCCUUUGGAGCACAGUCGGGUAUGACUCGUGAUGCCUGGCCAUCGUCACAGCCAAGAAAUCAGAUGAUGUUACAAUCAGAAGUGAAUGAACAUGCUGAAAACAUCAAGGUAGUGUUGUAAUAGGAUUAUAUUUAAGCCAUUGCAGCAUCUUAAUGAACAGUAGGUUAUCUUCAGAAAUGUGCUGUGCCAUAUAUGUUAAAAAAAAAAAGCUUUAUUAUGUUAAAUAUUUAUUUGGUCACUUGAAUAUUUUAGUAUUUAAAUGUGUGAGUAGCUCUAUUGUACAAUUAACGAUUUAGCCAGACAACUAAAAGCAAGUGUUUUAAAGCUUAACCGACAAAUGCGUGUGUUUUAUAGUUAACACAUCACUCCUGUACUGUCUGGCUAACUGAGUAAUCUUGAAUAUCAAAAUAAUUAAGCCACUGUUAACAUCUGUCACGUUGAUGCUUGAAGGAUAUCACAGUUGUCCAGAAAAUGAGCCACAUUUGUUGAGCUCGGAGAAUGUAAUGAUAGCUAUGGAGUUCUAUCAAAGCCAAGUAUUAACUGUCAUAAAACAGUUUGUUCAGCUUGUAGACACAAGGCAAGUCAAUUGUCCAGGAUUUCAUCCUCACACAAAUGAGUUUCAGCAACUUGAAAUUUGACUAAAAUAAAAUAUAUAUUUUAAAUAUAUUUAAUUUAUUAGUCUGCCCUGCUACAGACUGGCUAUCUGUGCAGGGGAGCAUUAGUACACCAUAAUUACAGAUUUCUCUGAGCCUUUCCCAGCUACACUCCAAAAUAGCCUUAUCUGGCAGAAAUAUAUCCUCAUCUUUGUGCAAUCUACUGCAGUAUGUGUGGAUAUUUAAAACUCCCAAAUUUUGUUUUGUUUUUAAUAUUUGUCUUAGUGUUGAUAAUAUUUUAUUUCAGAGAGACACAAAAAACCCUAUUUCUGGAUUUGAGUCUGCAUCGUAUUGUGAAGCUGAUAAUAUUGUAUGGCUUUUUGCGUAUG